UAGCAACCCAAAACGUGUUUCGUAUAGUGCCGUUUUCUGCUACCGCUUCUAGGUUCUUCUCUGUUUUGGUGAUGUACUGCAAGCGACCGGCAAAUCUUGCUCUGACGUUUUGUUCGUAUAUGACUUUCGAUGUUGUGGAAGUGGACGUACCUAGAACUACGAAAUGGAGGUUUAGCUUGCUCAUGUUGUGAAAUCAGAGUGUGUAGAUAGUGUUGUGGUAUUAUUUUGUUCUUUUUGUUAUUUUCUAUCCACAUGAACAAGUAAAGCAGAAUGCCUAGCCAGUCCUCAAAAAGCGGGCCGCUGCGGGACAGACUUCGGCAGAAAGCCAAAGCGAACCUCGCCGAACAAGAUGCGGCGCAGGCACUGGAGCAGUCGAAGUCCGUCGGGGAAGGCGCGUCGCAACAGGAGCCCGACCUGAAAUAUGGCGAUCUUUGGGACGGCGAAGAAGGGGAAGAAGCGGCGGGUGACGAUCUCGAUCUCCCGCAGGCGCCAACAACUCCAGCGGCUCUGCCCCUGCAGGCCAGUCCGAGCAGUUCUGGCCCCGUCAUAGCAGACCUGCCAGGGGCGAAUAACAAGAGAAGGCCGGCGGGCGCGUUGAGCGACGAUGAUGAUGACGACAAGGUCCUCAAGGUCAAGAAGAACAACUCUGCCAAGCGGAUCAAGCCCACAACGACGACCGGCGGGAAUAAGACAUCGCUUGGCAACACUUUCACGGAUCUGGAAAACGAUGAUGGCAAGAUGGACGACAUGCUGGACCUUUUCGGCGACAUCGGGCUCGACCUUCAGUUUGACAACCCAACACUUGAAGAUGGUCCCGCUGCUGAAGGUCAAAUAAAUGCUGGAACUGCACGGCAAUCUUCUGUGGGGAUGGACCUGGACGAGCUGAACGACUUUUUCAACGCGGACAAUGUUGAGGACGGGAGCAACAGCUACAGUACCUCCGGCAGAGGACCUGCGAAAAUGGCAAAAAAAGCCGCGGGGGCGCCAAAGGCGGCGAGAGGGAAAGCGGCCGCGAAGCAGAGACCGCAGCGGCAGGCCGCAAUAAACGCGAAAAACCGGGCGGCGGCAGCAAAACAGGAUGACUCUGACGACGAUAGCGAUGCGUCCUCGGAAGAGGAUUCGUCUGCCGAAGAAGAAGCCGACGACGACGAUGAGGCAGACGCUGACUACGCCUCCGCCUCGAGUGACUCGGAGUCGCUGGAUGGGCUUUUUGAGGAAACCAGCACGGAGCGUGCACAGAGGAAAAAGAAGCGCGCGAAGACCAAAAUGGACAAAAAGUGGAAGAAGGAGCGCACGGCGCUGAUUGAGCAGCGGACAAAGGAACAAGACAGUCUCGACCGCUUACGGACGUACACAAAAGGUAGUCAUUGCUGACAUCACUCGAACAUCAGGAGCUACAGACUUUGAGGACUCGUCUACUGCGAAAAGCAUGAUCUUAUGUGCCAGUUUCGAUGUUGUUCUCGUUUAUCGUGAUCGUGGGAUAGAAGAAAGAAAAAAAUCUGCUAUAUUCGAUAUAUUUGAACACCACAGCGUACAAGGGAGUUUUGUUUUAUUUCCCCCCUCCGGACGAUAUGGACAUCAACGACGACGACGGUGCUCCGACUGCAGAGGACGUGUUGAAGCUUCUGCAAAAUUUCGCAAUGACCUUUCCAACGGAAAAAUACAACGACCCGGACGAACGGCCAGUGCCAGUUGUGGACGACGGCCCAACCAGUAGUGCAGCCUCCUCGCAAUCGGACGACGAUGAAGACAGCGAGGAGGAUUCUGACGUGCCAUCCAAGAAAAAGAGAAAGGCCCAGCGCUCGAAACGAAUGUCCAAGGUGCGCAGCAGUCCGGCCGGGGAGGAUCGCGUGAAAGACCUGCAGUGUCGCGAAGCAGAAGACGCGGAAAGGAUCUCGAAACCAGCCGAAGUUUCGCGCCAUUGCCCCGCUCACGUGAUAACCUACGCCAAGGGCCUGAUGACCGAAAAGCAGGCCAAGGAGAUAAGGAAGCUGCUGAUAAACAUGCUCGGCCACAUCACCGCGGAUUAUGUCGUUUUCCUUUCGGAACCGAAAAAAGACAACGAGGCCGAGGACGAGGAACAGCUCAUCAUGCCUAAAGCAAAGGGCAAGGCAGGAACUGGGCCAAAAAUGAAAGCCCAGUUCAAGCCGAUAAAGAAUUUGGCGUUACCGGACAAGGUGCUGACUGUCUUUAUGCAUCCAUUCUGAAUCUAUUCACUAGCACUACUGAAACUGAUGACGUCAAUUAUUUGAAUCUCUCCGUCUGUUGUAAAUAAAGCAGGCCCUCGCCCUCCUCGGUCCUGGGUGUGGAUUGUGAGAUCAAACAUUUUUGAUCUUGAUUCAAUACCCAUGCACAGGUAACAGACUGGUGCACCAAUAAGAUACUGAACGCGUCUGAGAAAAACGGCGGCGGUACCGCUCUUUUCUAUCGCUGUUUCGACGGACAGGAACCCUCCAGUAAAACGUCGGAGCUUUCCGGUGACUGCUUCCUGAACCCCGAGGGACGCAAAUACCCGAUUUUCCUGCCGAACGGCCGACCCUCGCUGCCACUGCUGCUCUCCGCCCACAAAUCGUUGUUCGGCGCGUAUGAGAAGUACUUUAAGAACAAGUGGAAGCGACUGCUGAAGCGGCCGGACGAUCCAAACGCGAUGCCACCUGGAGGCGGGAUCACGACGUCAGAGGGACCUCCCACAUUCGACGUUGAAAUGACAGCGCCAACAUCUGCUGCGCGCGAGGAGGGAGCGGUUGGUGAGAUGAAGAAGGACGACAAGACUUCUGCUGCGCAAGGGCAACAGGGUGGAGACGCUGGUAAAAACGCGGGAGAGGAAAUAAAUCGCGAGCAAGGCACAAAGGAAGAAAACGACUGGUCCGACGGGGAUGAAGGUAAUGAGAAAUCCAAACCGCCAAAGCCCACCGAAAACCCAGAUGCACAACCACAGAAGGAGAACAAUGACGAAAUAACCAAAGAAAAACCGGCAGCCGCAGUAGAGGCGGUCGCGCAGCCUACUUCCAACGAGAAUAAGGACACCACCGCGGCGAACAAUCUGGACUACUUCCCCGACCUGGAGUACCUUCAGAAGGUCGCUUACUUCGUGAACCAGGCCUACAAGGGCAACUGCAUCUCGGCGACCAACAUUUCGGUGGGAAAAUUGAGCGACAAGCAGAAAAAGGAGAUGAAGGAAUUCCAGCGGCGCGGCCUCUCCGUCUACGACGGCUACGACCUGCGGCAAAUGAAGUCUGUCGGGUUGGAGAGGCUGCUGGAGAGCCACCGCGACCGGGAGGAGCGAGACACGAAAGUGCGGGACGCCCAGCUGCGCGAAAUCAUGGACCAGCGCCUGAAAGAGAUGAACAGCUUCGGGAAACGGAAAAGACUUCUCACGUCGGGAAUAACCUCGUCCGGGAAUUUGAACCAACAAGACAAUCCUCUCUCGAGCCAGGUGCAGUCUUUUGACUCCUUUCAGCUUCAGUCCUUCGACUCGCAACUACUCGGCCCCGCGGGCGGUGGUGCUGGGGGGACGGACACGAGUCGGGGCGGAGGGGGCGGACCAGCUGCACAGCUGAUGGACGUGGACCACGACAACCAGAGUUGUGGCAACAAACAAGUACUCGAUCUUUCUAACGGCGCCGGCGCCGCGGACAACAGUCAAAGCGGCCCUGGAGUAGGAGCUGCUCGCAGUGGUGGUUCUGGCCCGACAAGCUUCGAGGCCUUUCUGAACGCGCAAGCCGGCGGUGGUGCUGCUGCGGGGGCAGCUGCACAGGAAAUGAAUCAACAUCUUCAAGGCAGCACUAACAAUACCAGCGUGUUGUUUCCUCUGCAGCGACAGGACAGCAGUUCGCUUGCGGCGGGCAAGAAAAUAUCCAGACUGGAGAUUCUGAAGCAGAAGAAAGCCGCCGCCGCAGCGACGAAGCGACCUGGUAGUGCGCCGGCAACACAAGUUGCACCCGCGAACAUCCCUGCGCUCGCGGCGCAGAGAUCCAGUAUGGAUCUCCGGUCCGCUUCCAAACCGGCCGGCGCAGGAGUUGUAACAGCGAAGGAGGCAGAAGUACCACCAGCUGCUGUUCCUCCCGCACGGCCAGUCGAGCAGCAGCUGAGUACCACUCUGCUCCCCCCGCUGGAGGAAGAUGAUGAAAAUGAGAAGGUGAUGAAUAACAUUAACGUUGCACCACCUCCGAAAAAUAAAUCUACUUCCUCCGUUCUGAAACGCGUGGACACGACCACUUCCCUGGACGGCAUCCGGAACUUUCGGCAGAUGCAAGCGGACACCAUGCGCGAAGAGCUGUAUCGGCCGCAGCUGAAGGCGGAUGACAUUUUGGACCAAAAAACCGCGGACGACGAUGAGCUGCUCGUGUUGAACGAGUCGCAGUCAUAUCCACAGUAAAUUCCCCGUACACGACGUCCAAGAAAAACAAAGACAUGCGGUUUCUGCAUGACAAACCUCCCUUGCAAUCCUAUUCAGUAUGACAAAUGGUAUGCUGUCAAUUCGCGAAAUUUGUGAUGCAUUUUUUUAGUACGCGUGCGGAAAAUCUGUGUUGCAUGAGUCGCAGCAGGUCGUCGGGGCCGCGCACUUCGUGGACGUGGCGGAUGUGUCCAACAAGGACGCGCUUAAGGAGAAAAUCGCCGCCGCCAAGAAGAUAUCCUGUGCAAAAGUACCGCACUCCUACUAAAAAUCGCAGUCAUGCAAGACAAAUUUCUUUUUCAAGCUAAAUCAGCACGACAAAUUCCAUUUUUCACGCUGAGCCAAUUUGUAUUGCAAUACUACGAGUAGCGUAGGAUACUUUUGCAGUGGAUAGAAGAUGGCCAGCAAGAUCGAGUUUAUCGGGCAGGACAUCCGCGGUCUCGUCGCCGAGGAGCUGAAUUCCCCAUCCUGGCACGACAAAAUUAGCCGCAUUCGGAUGGCGAUUUCCGCGAUUACCAACCCAGAGUCGCAGAUGAACCUGAACAAGCAGCUGGAACUGCACUUGGAGUACAAAUUGAGACACCCCACGCCCGAUUUCGAGACCAUCGUCACACGAGAGCUGGUGGACCGGCUGAAAAAAGCGAAGAAAAGCAAGAAAAAGCGAAAAGCUUCCUCGGAGAGCAAGGAAGAAGGUCGUGGUGGCGGCGGAGGGGAGAAGAAAACGGGAUCGUCUUCAUCCUCCGCGGCGAACAUCAACGGCGGCGCAGCGUCGUCAACCGCUCUGCGCAGCAUCAAGUCCUCGACUGCGCUCGAGCUUGCGCCCUUCGACCAGGAGUUGCACGCCCCCGACAUGAUGGGUCGGCGCAAAAGCAGUCUGGCGCCUAUUUUGGAGGGCGAUGAUCAUGACAGCUUUGUUUUUGGUGCUGCAGGAAACAAGAUAAAGCCGGUUGGAACUACUGCGAACAAACUGAUCGUUGGGACUGGCGCGGCUUCGUCAAGCAGCGGCAGGCUACUAUCGGGAGGUCCACCUGGAGGAGUUCUUGUUGGAAAUAAUUCAUCCACGACGACAAACAAGCGGCUAAGUGAGGACAAGAGAAGUAACGGAAUUUUGAACAAGGUCCGCACGGAUUCUGACGACCAGCUCAACAAGCGCAGGGCAGACUCGGAUCUGAGUCUGGGGCGCGAGGACGAUAUGUCGCUGCAAGAGGACGACUAUCCUUUGCAAAAAUAUCGUACUCGUAUAUAGAAAUUGCAGUCAAAAGUAGCGUGAAAAUUUCUUUUCUAACUAAAGGUGAAUGGCCAUUAUAGAACUUAUGUCCUUGUGUGUCACAAUUUGUGAUGCUAUUUUAGAACUAGUGCGAUACUGUUGCAAAUAAAAUGCAUAACGACCUAGAGCAGUUGAUAUUGGAACCAAAGUCUUCCAGGGUGAUUGCAGCCGACUACCGGCCGACGCCAACCGCCGACUUCAGUCGUAUCAAGAUGCCUAUCAAAAGCAAAAAUGUCUGGGUCUGGAAGAUUCUGAACUUGUAAUGCUGUCUCUGAAUUCUGAAAAAAAUUGUAUUGCAUGACCAGCAAGAGGACUCCAGUUAGUGCUACGCGGAGAGGGCGUUUCUGAUGCGGUAGAGGUAUCACAAAGCGCCCUAAAAAUCUGUGAUGCUACGGCAUGCAUCACAGACAUCAUGGGUCAUGGAAAAUGUGCAUUACAAAUCUACUAGAAAUCUUCCAGACCCAGACAUUUUUGCAUUUGAUGAUGCCGCCCCCGAAGCCGCCCAUGUCAGCAGGAGCGCUGCCUGUUGGUGCAUCAUCUACUUCCAGGGGCAUUAUUUUAUCUAAGCAACAAGAAGUUCUCACCACACCAAUUCUCGCUUCCGGCUCCUCCAUGGAUCUGGGCGCGCCCAGUGCGAGCGCGUCUGUAGCAAUUCCGAUGGGCAAAAACCUGAUAGCUGCGGACUACCGUCCAACGCCGACCGCCGUUCUCGGCCGGCCGCCGGCUGCGGCGGUCCAGAGGCUCGGCACCCCGGGUGCGGCGGCGUCGAAAGCAGACGGAGCAGCCGGCACAAACAAGCCGGCCGCGAUCGAGACCGACGGAGCUGCUGGCGCGGCGCUGAGCGAAGGCGCACCAGCAGCCGCCCUGGAAACACCAGUGGGCCCCGGGGAAAGCGGGAAUCGGAUGUAUUCCACCGAGGAGUCCUCACGCAGCGAGAAAUUAGGCGGCAGAACGAGCAUGCGGCCACCGGCACUCAGCAUGUCCGAUGACGGGAUUCCGAUGCAGUUUGCAGUCGGGGCAGCGGGUGGCGAAGAGGAAAACAUAGCAAAUCACAACAACCCGCUAACGAGCUUUUCCUCCUCCGCCGGCGCCGCGUCCCUGGCGGAAGAAGCUGCCGAAAUUAAGAAAAUGAAAGUGGCGGCUGGCCCGGCAAAAGAUUCGGGGAUGCUAUCGAAGCUGUGCAACGUGAAGGGCAGAACCGCAUCGGGCGACGGAAUCAACAAGCGAUCCUCACCAGAGCAAAAUCCCGCUCGUAUGAUGAUCUUUGAAGUUGUUUCGCUUUUUUGUUUGGGCUAUGGGCCCCUUACGCUUUCCGUCUGGAAAAGAAAAUGAACAUGUUGAUGCAGAAGUACAGAUCAAACGAGCGAACUACGUAUACAAUUCAAUACCAUUUAAACAUCCCCAGUGACGUCCGGUUUUGGCUUUCUGCUGGACGACGAAGAGGUUGCUAAACCAAAGAACGCGAAGCCCAAGGCGAAGGCAGGCUCGGCAUCUUCCGCUAAUGGGAACAAGGCAACGCUUUCCGCAGACCUUACCGGUGCAGAUACUUCUAGCAUACUGGACGCACUGCAGAAACCAAUACUGGAUCCUCCGGUUGCACCGAAGGCUGUCGUGGCUCCUUCAGGUAGAAUCGAUUUAUUUUCAGGAACGUAUAAAGUAAAACAAACACUCCAUUGGGUGUUGCAUUUGUUCCAAAAGUAGGGAUGCGUCUGCCGUUGUUGUGCGUAUCGGUAUUCAAUAGACCAACUUUUUUUCCUAUUGCCACGACUAAUGCCUGCAAAAAUCGCAACCACAAUACCACCAGCUUCCGUCGCGAGCAGCAAAGUAAAAAAUGCUGUGUCUUCUACCCGUGCUGGGGUCCCUGAGAUAAAAACCACUGGCGCUGCACUUGGGUCUUCCGCACAAAGCAACGUGGAGCUGCAGGUGGUGAAGAACCAGACAGCACAAGACCUGCAGAAUAAAAAACCCCCCGCUGCUGCAAAAAACAACAUGGAAGUCGACGAGGAGGGUCCAGCGCCUUGUGCCGGAGCUGCGAAAGACAUGAACCUCGACGAGCAGCAAGCUGACGCAGACGACGAAAACGAUGAGGAGGUGGAUUCCGAAGCGGAGCGCGAGGAGCAGAAACGCCAGGAAGAAAAGUUUGUGCGGCGCAUGGCCAAGUUGCAACUGAAAAAGCAGCGGGAACAGAAACUGGCGCGAUUCAGAGUAAGAGAAUGUUGUUCAUGCACCGCUUUCAAUUUAUAUACGACCUUUUGAGUAGUUUCUACUUGCUUUCGUCGCUACACGUGGACGCUCGUUUAAUCAAGGGGGCGUUCGUAAUGCAAACGAAGAAAAUGAGCUACAAGUAGAUGUAGAACAGCAACAGAUUGGAUUUAUAUUCACAUAUACAAAAAAAAAACAGGAUGACCAAGCCGAGGAGUCGGACGCGUCUGAGUCUGAAGAUGGCGAGCUCCGUCUCCAGUCCGACGGGGACGACGACGAAGACAAUCCCAAGCCGAAGAAGAAGAAAAAAAAGGCGGUCAAGAAAAAGAAAAACGCCAAGAAAAAGACCCCGGCGAAGGGGCCGCUGCAAGACGGGGAAACGAAUAACGACGACGAGGAGGACGAUAUCCACGAAAAAACUGUGUUAGUAUAGGUUUUUGGAGUCACAGCAUGACAAAUUUGCUCUGCAUGACAGAGACAGCCUGCCAUGCGGAGCUAGUAUUAGUGAAAACACAUAAGAGAGAUGACUCCAUGUUGGCUGGCCAGCAUGACAAGUGUGUACUGUGUUGCAGUUUCUCCAUCACAGGCUUGCACGUUUUUUUCUUGCAUAGACGAGCGCGACGACAGCGAGCUGGACGCGGAUUUGGAUUCCCUGAUCAAUUCCGAUUCCGAAGACUCCGCAGACGAGGACCCGGAAGCGCGGAGGAAGUUUUGGGAACUCACCAUGCAGUUGGACAACCGAGAGGAAGACAGCUGGCUGGACAAGUACGCGGCGGACAAAAAACGACGCCGGGAGGAGCGGAAACAGCAAGAUUUCCAGAUGUUCCAGCUGGAGGAAGCCAACGAUGAGCUGCGCCGGAAGGCGAAACGCGACAAGAAGAUUCGCCAGGCGCAGCUCGCCGACGAGCAGCGCAAGGGCUACGACAGUGACGACGUGGAGGUGGGGGAGGGGAAGAAAAAGAAGGUGCGGGACAAACGCGAAAAGGACGAGCGCCUGGACGCGUAUCUCGUGGAGGCGCAACAAAAGGCAGCGCUGGAGCAACAGAAAAAGGUUUUUAGUUUUGCGAUCCUUUUAUUGGUUCGCUAGUGUAUCUGUGUAAAAGUUGUAAGUUUCAUAUCUCUUGCUAUAUAGUGUGUAGCCACUUCUCUGGAUCUGAAUGGUUUUGUUCGCGUAUGAAAAUUGUUGAAAAUAUUUCCUCUAUCAGGCCAAGGAGCGGCUCGACAAAUUUAUCAACAAGCAGUAUGAAGGGGACCUGAUGAAGCAGUUGUGUGCGGAGCAGGACGCCGCCGCGGGCUUCAAAGUCGACGACAGCGCCGGGGCGCAAAGCAAACCCGCCGCCCUGUUGCACCCGGGCAAGGCGCGGCUGGCCGCGAAACAGGACAAGGCACGCAUGCGACAGCGGAAGAAGGCCGCGGGCCAGCAGGUUUCCUCCGACGACUCGGAGGACGACUUGCGAAAAUUCCAACCGCAAAAGGGCCGCCAGCUGGGACUCCUCGGUCAGGUGAAAAUGCGCCCGUCCGAAGGCGGAGGAGGGAACGACCGCGGAUAGAGCCAUCCCUGUCUGAAAGUUUUCAGACCGAGUAAAACAGGAUUUUUUUCUACGGUAUGUAGCGACAUGAUCAAUCUCGCUAAUAAUCCUUCAAGCGAAGUAGAGAUUGCAAAAAUUUACGAAGUUGUACCGCUCAAUCGUUGCAAAGAAACGGUUGCGAGCGAAACCAUUGGGGACUAAUAAGUCUAAGUCAAACUUACAAAAAAACUGUAAACAGUUGUAUUUUUAUUGAACCGCUUUGACCGCGGUAGCCACAGAAUAUUUGUGCCUCAAGCUGCAGGACACUUUUUUUCAAACACAUUCCGGACGUGAAUCUCCAUUAUAACAUGAUCACUAUUCUCUUUCUCAGGCUCUCUCAGGAAUAACAAGAUAACCAGAAGUGAAUCAGUUUUGAUUUUCGAGCAAGCCAAACAUUUUCUGGACACACAAAUCCACUCCUGCUGGAGUAAGUCCGACGAAAAAGAGCGUUAGCAAUUGUGGUUGAGCAUUCAAU